GCCAGCGAUUUUUAGGACGACAACGCUCAGGAACGUUUUACUCUUCAAACAUUUCUGAAGCCGUGUUAACAAUCUUAAAUUAUCCAGAUAAAAAUAUGGCAUCCUUAAUGAACAAGCCCAAGAGUGAGAUGACACCAGAGGAACUCUCUCAGAGAGAGCAAGAAGAGUUUAACACGGGUCCUCUUUCCGUCUUAACGCAAUCGGUGAAGAAUAACACUCAAGUUCUGAUCAACUGUCGAAACAACAAGAAGCUGCUAGCUAGGGUAAAAGCUUUUGAUAGGCACUGUAAUAUGGUCUUAGAAAACGUGAAAGAAAUGUGGACUGAAACACCCAAGUCAGGAAAAGGAAAAAAGGCAAAACCAGUCAAUAAGGAUAGAUACAUUGCCAAAAUGUUUCUUCGAGGAGAUUCUGUGAUCUUGGUGUUGAGAAAUCCAAUGGCAGCUGGAAAGUAAACUACGAAUCAUUCUUGUAUCGUUUUGUGUAAAAAGGAACUCUGAUGUAAGUUUGAACUUUUCUCUUCCAAGUUGGAGGACUGUUAAAAACACCUACGGCAACACUUGGAUUUUUUUACAAAUAACUUUAUACGCAUUUAUGAAAGAGUUGUUGUAGAUGAAUUGUUAAAAAAAUGAAGUGCUCUACGAGGUA